UUACCACCAGACCGGCGUGGUCUGAAAUUGUGUGCAAAUUACAAGCCAGGCAGCAUGGCGUCGUCGCCCGGGCUCCUCCGCUUCGAUGCGACCGCGAUCUUUCGGCACACGUACCAGCGCAACAACAAGAAGGGCGGGCAGAAGAACCUGCGCUGCUUUCCCAACUGCUGCAACGGGCUGCACGCGGCCACGGGCUUUUGCGGCGGGCCCGUCGCCGUGCACCUCGACGCACCGGAUGCGACCAAGUCGUACCUUCUCCUCGCCGAGUUUGUACCGCUCUUCAAGGGUGCGCCGCAGAGUACGCUCUCGAUCGGCAACAUGUACGCUCUCGAGACGCUCCGCGCGCAGGCCAACAAGGACAUGGACCCGCUGUUGCCAUAUUUUGCCGGCCACAACAUGCAGACGUCGUCGUACUACUUUAACCCGGCCAAGAAGGGCUGGCACUAUGGUUGGAUGAGCAACAAGCACUCGUCGGACCGCGAGCACGUGCUCUGCGUCCACGUGCUCGAAGAGGUCAGCGACUCGUUUGGGCAGUGCUUGGACUCGCUGUCGUCGCCGCCGUUCACAGUCCAUUGCCGCCGCCGCUCCAAGACCGACUCGCCUGUCGCGCCGACUGUUGCUCUUGCCAAGAAGCGGCCACACUCGCCGUCGUCGUCGGUGACCGCGCCGUCGUCGCCGUCGUCGGACGAAGACGCGGGCCGCACCAAGCGGCAAAUGCUAGCGCCGGCCUCGACAGUAUUGGACUGGAAGGACGACGACGACUCGCUCUGCAUCGAUGCACUCUUCCAAAGCGAAGUGCUCGACUUGAUCACGAACAGCACGUACGACUUUGGCAUCCCUGCGCCGCCGUCAACCGAGGCCACGCUCUGGGACACCCUCAUGGACGACGACGAAGCCGAGCUGCUGGACGUGCUGCUGCCGACGCCGUCCGCGCCGUCAAUGACAGACGUGCCCCGGUAUCAAACCUACUUUACGCCGCAGCGCAACGCGGCGCCGGUCGCUGGCCGCAAGCGACCGCCUCGCAUUCCGGUGGACCUCAAGUAUCCCAACGGCCCACCGCCGGUGAGCACGCCCGCGACGAUCACAGUGGCGCCCGACGCACCAACAGUUGUGCCCAUGCCAACGUACCGCCGCCACGAGCACGACGACCACCGUCGCCGGAGCCGGAGCCACAGCGGCCACUGCGACGACGCCCCACCGGUCGCCAAGUCGUGCGGGCUUCUCUGGAGCAUCAUUCAGCUUGCGUUCUGCCUGACCAUGUUUGUGCACUUCGUCGGACACAUCUUCUUUCCAACGUACAACGCGUACUCGUCAGCGGCCACCAACAACGGGCUUGGGAGCUCCGAGAAGGAUCGACUCACGCCGUUUCUCGUCGACUGCCCGCCGCCGUCCAUGACGUGCGUCCGCGACGGCUUUGGGCUCCAAGAACUCGCGUCCUGCGUGCACCACAUCGCCGACCGGUGCGCGACCGAGGCGACGGCCGAGAUCACCAUGUACAGUAUCGACGGCAACACGACGCAGCUCGCGUGCGAUGGCAUGACGGCCUGCGCGUCCCAACUGCUUGCGUUUUUGUCGUCGGCGCCGGCACCGAUGGGGGCGGCGGAGCUCGAGCACCACAAGGAGCACUACCGGCGCGAGCACGAGCAGCAAGUGGAACUCGGCAUGCAGUACAAGUUUAUCCUUUUCAUGGCCAUGUGCACGCUCAUCUCGUUCCUUGCGCUGCAGCGGUCGUUCCAGAAAUGCCUCAAGAAAUGCAAAUGGUUCCGCCACCGCCGUCUCCACCCGGAUGAGCACAUUGCCUAGUCGUGCGUUCGUUAUUAGUUAUUAAUCGUCGUUGCUAGUUUAUUUUUUGCUA